UGGGAGUGCUUCGGUGUCCCAGCAGAGGACGAGAUUAGGAACCGGGAAGGCCACGGCGGCGGGUGCGGCAGACAGGGGGAGGCUGGCUCAAAGGCCCUUCCAGUUGCGAUCGCGUGGGACCCCCGUGGUGGGACCAGAGUUCUAUGCCCUAAGUACCCGCAGGACACGUGCUCCGGGGGACCCGAGGUGUCCUCUCGUCCCAAUCGCAACCCACGGAAUCCUAUCCUGAGUUCUGGAGAGCCGCUCGCUCGUGCCUGGAAGGGGCUUUGCUAAUUGCAGGAAGUGAGCACGUGGAAGAAGUGGCAGAGAUCAAGAGGAGAAGGAAAGGGAGGAGGAGGACGAGGAGGAGGGCAGAGCGCAGAGAGUCGCGCGUUGCCACCGCAGGAGGUUGGGUUCUGGGGAUCCUGCUGUUCUCAGGGGUCCAAGAGACUGCCUGCCCCUGCUCGGACACUCAUCUGCCCUCUCCCGGUCUUCAUGGCUUCUCCGGAUGACCCUCUGCGCUCAGAUCACAAGGCAAAGGAACCAGUGGAGGACACGGACCCCAGCACUUUAUCCUUCGCCAUGUCAGACAAGUAUCCCAUUCAAGAUACCGGCCUCCCUAAAGCUAAGGAGUGUGAUGCAGUCACUUCCAGCUGCCCACCAGAUUCUGAUGAUCAACACCAGGGAGAAGAAAAUGACUUUCCUGACAGCACUGGAGAUCCCCUUUCAGAUAUCAGCAGAAACCAGCCCUGCAAAGAAGGCUGUUCUCGCCCCCCCUGCCCUCCCCGGGCCCCCACCAUCAGCGACUUGCUCAACGACCAGGACUUGCUAGAUGUGAUCAGGAUAAAGCUGGAUCCAUGUCACCCGACCGUGAAGAACUGGAGGAAUUUUGCCAGCAAAUGGGGCAUGCCCUACGAUGAACUGUGCUUCCUGGAGCAGAGGCCACAGAGCCCCACGCUAGAGUUCUUAUUCCGAAACAGCCAGAGGACUGUGGGCCAACUGAUGGAGCUCUGCCGACUCUACCACAGGGUUGAUGUGGAAAAGCUCCUGCGCAGGUGGGUGGAUGAGGAGUGGCCCCACCGGGGACACGCGGACAGUCCCAGGCACUUCUAGAAGCCCCUCCUCUGGCCCCGACUUGCUGGACCAGUGGUUGUCCCUGAAGCUGGUGGCUUGUGGAAGGACGGGGUUUUUUGAUGGCAGGUAUUUGUUUCCUUUUGCACAUUUGUUUUAAUUUAAUAUUUGAACCUGGAAUCGGGGAAGAAUAUUUUGUAGGUCACAUAGGCGCAACGCCUGUGGACAGAGUCAUGCCAACAUGGAAAGAAAAGGGCAUUCUCCUUAACUACUGCCGAAGAUUGCAGCGGGAUCCCAAACUAUCAGUGUCUCUGGACAUGCCCACGUCAUCCCAUACAGAAUCUUUGCAUUCCUGGCCUAGCAGAAGAUGGCGUGGAGAAGUCGCCCUGACCUGUUCACUGUUACUGUUUCUGUUGAAAAAGGUUUAGGAGAUCAAGAGGAUAUUACUGUUAAUGUGGCCCAGAUACAUGGGCUUUUCUUUUUAAUCAAAUACUUUUGUAAUCUAUAGGCUAUCAAUACUGUCAUUGAAUUUAACAUUUUUAAAAGAAAUACAAGCUAUAUGGUUUGUAGGAAAAGAGCGUGGGUUAGUAUCUUGAGAACGGCAGUGACGAAGACUAGUGCUCAAUGUGGCCUUUUGGAGGCUAGGGACGUAGCUCAGUGGUCACAGUGCCCUUCAUACAAAGCUUGAGGACCAGAGUCCAGGUCUCCAGAACCCGUAAGUGAGGGGAUGGUGUGGCAGCCCACCUGUAACUCAGCACUCAGAAGGCAGAGAUGGCAAUCCCAGGGCAAGCUGGCUAGCUAGACUGGGCGCACAGGUGAACUCGGGGACCAGUCGGGAGACUUGCUUUCCAUGAACAGUGUGUAGAGUGAUUGAGGAAAACUUUCAGCAUCAACUUUGGGAGUCCGUAUGCUCACACACAGCCAUGAACAUUUGCAUGCAUGUGCAGCAGCAGCAACACACACACACACACACACCCAGAGAGAGAGAGA